AUAUAACGCACUACUUCUCUGAUCUCUCUGCUCUCUCCAUUUCUGCAAAAGCAACUUCUUCUUUUUCUUCCUCCUCUCUCUCUCUCUGUGUCUAAUGGCGAAAUCACCAGAACAAGAACACCCAGUGAAGGCCUUUGGUUGGGCAGCUAAAGAACAAUCUGCCAAACUUGGUCCCUUCAUUUUCUCGAGAAGAGCUACUGGGGAGGAGGAUGUGAGAUUCAAGGUGUUGUAUUGUGGGAUAUGCCAUUCUGACUUGCAUAGCAUCAAUAAUGACUGGGGCUUGUCUGCCUACCCCAUUCUUCCUGGGCAUGAAAUUGUAGGGGAAGUAACAGAAGUUGGCAACAAGGUAAAAAAGGUUAAAGUUGGGGAUAAAGUGGGAGUAGGUUGCAUGGUUGGUGCAUGCCAUUCCUGCGAAAACUGUAACAACGACCUUGAAAAUUACUGUCCAGAAAUGACACUGACCUAUGGUGCCAUCUACACAGAUGGAACAGUCACUUAUGGAGGCUACUCAGAUCACAUGGUGGCUAAUGAACGUUAUAUUGUUCGUUUCCCUGAUAAUAUGCCGCUUGACACCGGUGCUCCUCUUCUUUGUGCCGGUAUUACAGUUUAUAGUCCGUUGAAAUAUUAUGAAAUAGCAAAACCUGGAAACCAUGUAGGUGUGGUUGGUCUUGGUGGACUUGGUCAUGUUGCUGUAAAAUUUGCCAAGGCUUUAGGGGCUAAAGUCACAGUUAUUAGUACAUCACCUACUAAGAAAGACGAAGCUAUCAACCAUCUUGGUGCUGAUUCUUUCUUGGUUAGCCGUGACCAAGCCCAAUUGCAGGCUGCCAUGGGCACACUAGAUGGGAUCAUAGAUACAGUGUCUGCGGUUCAUCCCAUUUUGCCAUUGAUUGGUUUAUUGAAAUCUCAUGGAAAGCUUGUCUUGGUUGGCGUUCCAGAGAAGCCUCUUGAGCUACCUGUAUUUCCAAUGAUUAUGGGAAGAAAGGUUGUCGCUGGGAGUUGCAUCGGAGGAAUGAAGGAGACACAAGAAAUGAUUGAUUUUGCAGCCAAACACAACAUAAAAGCAGACAUUGAGGUUAUCCCAAUUGACUAUGUCAACACUGCAAUGGAGCGUUUGGCUAAAGCUGAUGUUAAAUACCGGUUUGUCAUCGACAUUGGAAACACCUUGGCUUCUGAUGCUGCUGCUGCUGCUGCUUCCAAUCCUUAAACAGGUUUCUGAUUAAUUUUUGAAUAAAUAAUCCAUAUAUAUGAUGUAUCAUAAAUGUAUGGUUACACUAUGGCGGGUCUGUAUUCUUAAGAAGUGCAUUAAAACAAAAUAAAAGGUUAAGAUACUGGAGACUUUAAUCCUAAUGUAAUACUCAAUUUUAGUAUAAAAUUACUGUCGUUUCGAUUUUUUUUUUU